AUGGCACGAAACAUCACGGAAACAUGGCCGGUCCAUGAGAUAAUUUACACGGCGAUCGUAGGCGUUCUUAUGUUAGCGGCCCUUCUCGAGUGGUUUCUGUGGUUAUCUGCCUUUCUGUAUUGCUUGGUCAAGGUUUUCCAGAAGGCAGAGCAUUGGACAAUUAGGGUGCUAGCGAUUGCCGUCGGUUUCCUGUUCACGGGGCUUCGUUUUAUCUUCUUACCCAUCAUGGUCGUCACUCUACCUCUCCCUAGCCAGAUAACCCAGUACUGGCCACCCAAUAUGGUCGACAUCCUUCAGUGGUUCGCAUUCUGGAGUUUUGCGGGAUUGUUAACCGUUCCGUGGCUUUUCUGCGUUUACCAGCUUGUCACUCAUCAACUCGGGAGGAGGAAACGGGUUAAAGAAGUAUUGGAUGAGGUCUCUGCACCCAAAGUCGUCAUUGUGAUGCCUUGCUAUAAGGAGGAGCCGGAUGUCCUCGUUACAGCUAUCAACUCAGUUGUGGACUGCGAUUACCCCCCUUCGUGCAUUCACGUAUUUCUCUCAUUCGAUGGAGACCAGGAAGACGAAUUGUAUCUCAACACGAUCGAGAAGCUUGGUGUUCCUCUUACGUUAGAAUCAUACCCUAAGAGUAUCGAUGUUUCAUACCGAUCGGCUCGAAUUACGGUCUCACGUUUUCCCCACGGUGGAAAGCGACACUGUCAAAAGUCGACAUUUAAACUCAUCGACAAAGUCUAUAAAGAGUACCUCAAGCGGAACGAUAACCUAUUCAUUCUCUUCAUCGACUCGGAUUGCAUACUGGAUAGGGUGUGUCUGCAAAACUUCAUAUACGACAUGGAACUUAGCCCAGGGAACAGCAGGGACAUGUUGGCCAUGACGGGUGUCAUUACCUCGACGACAAGGAAGCAUAGUAUCAUCACCUUGCUUCAAGAUAUGGAAUACAUCCACGGCCAGCUGUUUGAAAGGACUGUAGAGUCAGGAUGCGGCGCGGUCACAUGCUUACCAGGAGCCUUGACCAUGUUACGAUUCUCUGCAUUCCGAAGAAUGGCCAAAUACUACUUUGCAGACAAAGCUGAGCAGUGCGAGGACCUAUUUGACUUCGCGAAAAGCCAUUUGGGCGAAGAUCGAUGGCUUACCCAUCUUUUCAUGAUUGGGGCCAAGAAGCGGUACCAGAUUCAAAUGUGUACUUCGGCGUUUUGUAAAACGGAAGCAGUGCAGACCGUUAAGUCGCUGAUUAAACAACGGCGAAGAUGGUUCCUUGGGUUUAUCACGAACGAAGUUUGCAUGUUGACCGACUGGCGUCUUUGGAAGAGAUACCCAAUCUUGCUCGUGGUGCGAUUCAUGCAGAAUACGAUACGGACGACGGCUUUGCUUUUCUUUAUCAUGAUGCUUUCGAUAAUGACGACGACUAUAAGGAUUGAUCGGCUUCCCGUCGGAUUCAUUGCUAUUUCCCUCGGCCUGAACUGGCUUAUGAUGAUUUACUUUGGCUUAAAGCUAAAGCGAUUCAAGAUUUGGCUCUACCCAAUAAUGUUCAUUCUUAACCCCUUUUUCAAUUGGUACUAUAUGGUCUACGGCAUAUUCACUGCCGGCCAGAGAACGUGGGGCGGGCCCCGUGCAGACGCUGCUACUGCAGAUGCGAAUACAACGGUGCAGCAAGCUGUCGAGCAGGCUGAGCAGACAGGAGAUGAUCUCAACGUCGUUCCAGAGACCUUCAUCCCAGCAGCUGAAGUGCAAAGACGGAAGAGCAAAGGAAAAGAGGCCGGUACCGUCCAAAGAUCCAAAAGCAACGUGCUACCUCCGGAGAAGGUCGAGGGUAAAUUUGCGGCCCCCGAGAAAAAGGCAAACGGAUUCUACGCAUAUCCAGAAGAGUCAACGUUCAGCUUCAAUACCCCAGAGGGUUCCGGUUCCGGUUCCCGUUAUGUUCUUCGCGAUCGUGAUUCGGUGGACAGUUUCUUAACUACUGGAAACAACUCGAUCUAUUUACCCCGGCGGGUGGAAAGUAUUAUGGGAGAUGAGGACCGGAAGAAGUACCAAAUGGCACAAGCUAGCCAGUACAACCAGUUUGUCGAGAAGUCGAAGAAGUUUGCUAUACCCCCACCGGGUCAAGUGUACGAAUUUUCCGAUCUUGAACUUGAAAAAAGGGGCUGGGAUGUGAAGGUGCCGGAAGGGGGCCAAACCGAACGCUAUAAAGACGACAGCAACGACAGCAUCCCCGAAUCGUCUUUAUCUCGCGCGCCCUCGCCCGGUCCCUUGUCGUCCUUACCGGCUGGUCAAGAUCCAUCACAACCUCCAGCUCGGGGUCUCGACGUACCUGGGGGGCACCAUCAACGGCGUAGUGGGAAUGGGGGAAGUCCUCUCAGGCGAGAUAUCUCAAUACACAAUGGCGAUGAGGGUGAGGAAGACAGACCCAGUUCGGGGCACAUGAAGUCGCGUAGACCGAAUUGA